UGUGAGGAGCGGGUUGUUGAGGUUUCCGCAGUCCACCGGUGGGUUUCUUCAUCCUGCAUGGCUCCGACCCGCGCACUAAUUCAAUCUAACAUGCGCACAUCUCUCCGUCGGACGUAGCCCGGUUCACCUCCCUCACCCGCAGCACGGUAACCGAACCGCGGUCCACAGAGGAGAUGGCCGCCCGUCGCGGCUGCGUGAACUCGCUGUGGUCGGGAACAGAGCGCGUCCGCAUCGGGGAGCGCCUCAAAGCCACGCUGGCCGGGGUGCUGGAGCUGGAGGUGCUCCGGCGGAGGCAUCUGGAGAUGGUGGGAGCCGCGCUGGUGGACCGAGCCGACCCGGAGGAGAAGGAGGAGGAGGAGGAGGGUAGCGGGAGCCGCUCUGCGCCAUCCCGCAGGCAACAGGCUCCCUCUCCCACGAACACAUCGGGCUCUCCCUGUCAGAGCAGCCCCGAGGACUGCGGCAGGAACUCGGGGGAUGUGACAGUCCAGUCCUCUUCAAGCAGGGGGAGUAACUCGCGCUGGUCCACUCUCUCCUGGGACGCUCCUUCCGAGCUGCUCUCCCCUCCGACUCCAGACCCCGGUGGUACCGUACCCCCGGACGGCGACUCCAGACCCAGUUCGGGUUUCUAUUCGGUGAGUGGGAGCUCUCUGUCAGACUCGUGUUACUCCGUGUCCAGCGAUGCCACUCAUGGAGGACCCCUGCCACCUGCCCGACCCCCCAAGCUGUGGGAACAGGGUCCUGUGUCUGCUGACAACACUGACAUCCUGUGGUCAGAGGAGGCUGUGCAGCUGCCUGAACCUAACAGUCAAGAUGAGGCUGAACCAGCAGAAGAACCAGAACCAGGUUCAGGGGACCUGGAUGCCACUGGUUUGAGCUUUCUGUCAGAUCUCUGCACAGUCCUAGGUGACUCCUUGAUUUCUUCCGUCAUGCCACUCCUUAGCACCGUUUCUCCCGCCUCCCACCAUUCAAAGCUCCAACUGGACCCCGGCUACUGCACAGACCUGGUAUCCCGUCGUACCAAAGAGGUGUAUUCGUACCCGAGCCCACUCCAUGCUGUUGCUCUCCAGAGCCCCCUUUUCACCUCCCAGAACCAAGAGCUGUCAACCUCUACAACGCCUGAGGAAAUGGAUCACGACGAGCCGAUAGAUACCAACUUUAAUACGGCUGUUACUCUCCAAGCUAAACAGCCUCCCACUCUGGCCUCCGUCACCCAUUUGGAGCAGUACAUUUCUAAGCUGGCUCAACGGCACCACAGUCGUAUGAACUCGUCCACCUCUGAUCUCACUUCAGCUGCCACUCCUGGUCCAGUCCCGCACAAAGGUCUUUGUACCCCUGGCAAAAGCCAUGGCUCCACCCAAUCGCUGUCUGCCUUUGAAAGCCAUAGUUCACCCUCCACCCUGCCGGGGGGCAGCAUCACACCCUCCAAGUCACUGUUGGGGAACUCGUCCAGGGUCAGCCUCAACGCCAUGGGGAAAAAAGGAACCAGGAAUUCAAUCAACCUGGGUAACCUUCCUUCAGCGACUGGUGAGGACCUGAGCAUAAACCUGCAUCUCAACCUCAACUUGAACCUGACCCCUGGAUUGAAUUCUAGCCGUGGGUUGGCGGACAACCCCAAAAACGGCAGCUGUGGAGCUCCAAGGGGCAACUUUUCUAAUACUUCAACUGCCUCUGCCUCUUCACUUUCUUCUGUUGCUCCCGCUCCCGGACUGAGGUCUCGUUCUCGGAUUUCAACUUGUCCAAGCAGCCUCAGCCACCGCAGUUCCCUGGAGGUCCCGUCUGGUUCGGGAGCCAGUUCUGCUUUUAGAUCGUCCGCCUUCUGUCGCUCGUUAGACUGGAGCAGCGGUGGCGCGCCGCCCGAGACUGGACAAUCGACAUUUACUUUAACUACCGGAUCAGCUCCUGGGUCUCAGCGCAGCAGCUUGAUCCAAGAAUCUAGCUCUGGUUCCAAACUAAGUGAAGACUCCCCCAUGGUGGAGGAGAUAUCCCGCCUUUCUGGUCUAUCCAGGGCAGUGGUGGUUGGGCUGAUGGAGCAGGGGGUGGAGCUGGAUAUUGACUGUUUUCAAACAGAUCCUGCAGGUGAGAUGAGAGGCCACAGUAAAAGUCACCUAACAGCCCAAAAGGAUCCAUCCCAUGACUAUACCAGACUGACAGAGGUGAGUCCUCAGAGACCAAUACAGCUCUCUCUAAGUGUCACCCAUUCUCCCCAGUCUCAGUCCAGCCUCACCCCUCCUCUUUCACACUCCAGCAGCCCCAUCCACCCGUACCAGUCCAUCCAUAUUCCGUCUUCACACUACGCCUCAUACGGCCACUACCAGCAUAUUCCUUCUCCAUCAGAGCUCCCUUCCUCUACAGCUUCCUCCCCGGCUUUACACCCCACCCCAAGGGCUCACUCCCCACCACGCCCUCUCCAGCCAUCCCCGCUGGGCGCAACCCCCCUCUCCGUUUUUCGACGAGAUUCACCCUUCCAGUGCUCUUUGCCCCACACAAACACGAGAACCUCACCUUUGGAGCAUGGAGGCAUCCAACCGAGAAGCGGAUCGCUUCGGCACAGUGGGGGAGGAAGUGAAGGGGGCAAGAGUUGGAAGAAGGUGGAAGGAGAGGGUCUUUACAGAGGAAAACACGCCUCCCAUAGGUUGGUCAGGGCUGCUACUGUUAGCAGCUAUGCCAAGAGGGAGAACUACAGCUCUGUUUGGGCUGAGGAAGAGGAGAAUGAACGAGUUGCAGCCCAAACCCCCAAAAAGUCUUCCAGCAAGCUUUGGAAGGGCUUUGAAGGACACAUAUGGAACAAGGACUCUGUAAGUGAAAAGGAGGAGUUGGACAGAGCUGAAUAUGGGUACGGCUGGAGUAGAGGCAACAUUGGAACUUGGAGGAGGGAGGCCCGAAGGGUGAAGGCAACAUACAGCAGUGUUGACAAAAAGCCAAAAGUAGAUUGCUCCCCCAUUUUCUCAAGAAUGAGAGAAAAGGAUGAGGAGGAGAGACACAGCUCAAACUUCCGUCUUUCUAGGAGGGCACUGUUCAGGAGCGAGUCCCAGGGCUUGCUGGUGCCUCAUAAUCACAGAGAAGAGCCAACAAAGAGGGCGCACUGGGUUUCUUCCUUAGACGUGGCGCAGGGUGGAAGGGGGGUCAGCAAAGACGAAGGGCUCAGGCUGCUAAGAGCAAAGGAGGAAGACAAACGUCUGUCUUCCACCGCCAGCCUUUUUAACCUCUCUCGUUCUCAGAGCCUAGAGGGCAGCUGCCAGUCGCUCUCCCCUCUGUCCUCCCCGUCGUUUUCUCCUUCCCCACCUCCACAGGGGCCACUCCAGCGCUCGCGCUCUCUGAGAGAUUUGGGAAAGAAGGUGUUUGGCUCGAUGAGGUCUCUGAGUCUCAAACAGAGGCCAUCCAAGAAGUGACACUUGUACAGUCAUUGAGCAUCAAAAGAGAUGCAUUGCCGAUGUGUUGCAUUCAAAACACACCAAUUGUGCUUAAUAUUUUAUUUGUUGUAAAAGGAAGUGCCAUUACGGUUUAAUUUUGAAUCUUAAACAUGCAUCGAGUUAAUAGUACGGCCCUAACCUGUCAGCUUCGUGUUGAUUUAUCACCGACAAGUUUCUUGGGCCUGUACAAAACAAUGGAUUUUCUUAAGAAAUAAUAAAGCAUAGCAAGUUUUUAUAUUGUCUAAAAACAACACAAAAUGCUUAUCUAAUUUCUCCAGACACAUUUUCCAGCUUAACGGGAGAGCUUUGACGUUUAGUGUUGGUUUAUUUAGCCAGCAAAAAUGCUGGAAGGUGCUGGUUUAAAGGGGGUAGAAUAAAAAAAAAAAAGACCAGUUCGUCUGUGAAUAAUUAAAUACCUUUAAGAGCUGUAAA